CACCAUUACUCCUACGAUUCCAGAGGCUGACCUCCCGACUGUACGGCCGUAGCAUACCACAGUAAGUCUACUAUUUGCUGAGCAGUGUUUCUCUCGAUUUUCACGUAUUUCCCCUUCUCACAGUCGCCCUCGCUGUAUCUUUCUCUUCAUACCUCUGACUUUUGUUCCACUGCAUUUCUUCCGUUUCUUCCAUUUCCCCGAAACUCGCAUCACCAUGAAGCUCUCCACGUUUUACUUCGUCUUCAUAUCCGCAAUUACCGUCUCCGCCAUGACUCUGCAGGAGCAUGACGGACUGGCCAUCGAGCGUCGCGCUGCCAAAGAGUCAACGACCACCGCUGUUUCAUCAGCUCGGACCACACCCUCUGAUCUCAGCGGCGCGCAAGUCGUUGUCGGCGCUGUUGUAGCGCCGCUUUCGGUCAGCGGAAACGGGCAAGGGAUGGCCAACAAUGGCUCCGCGAACGGCAACGUAGCAAUAUCUGGUGCGGGUAGCACGGGCAACUACUCCGGACCGGGCUCGAUUGCUUCGGCGGCGGGAUCAGCUAGUGGCUCUGGGUACAACACUGCCAUCGCUAUUGCGGCUUCGGCGGCAGCAAUUGUCAACCCGAAUGCCACGAAUGUGAGACUGACAUCGACAUCUUUCACCAACUCGACCACGUUCAAGAGCCCGCUAGGCACGGUGACGAUCUCCUACGCUGAGUCGCACAGCACCGCCGAAGACGCUCAAGGCGAUUACGCCACAUACUGGUCAUAUGUGACCAGCAUCUCCAGCCCACUAGGAAACUACACCCACGGCAACCACGGCGGAUCACACAGAGGCCAGGCCAAUGGGACAGCGCAGUACAGCAACGCUUCUGCCACCGUGUCCGCGGGUACUGCUUCCGUGACGGCAGGAAUCAGCGAUCCAGGACCGCCCUUUACGUACGGACCAGGCGUCGGUGUGCCACAUGCUGCGAAGUUUUGAAAAAACUGCUACAGAUGGUCCUGUGGCUCAGGGUGUUCUGGGAAUCGACGCGCUCGCACCAGGCGGUGGAUAUGGCCUCAUUAACGGAGCCAAUUCUGGACCAUACUCCAACGAGGCCUCGGUGGGAAUUACCGUUUCCCCGUAGGCACGGCCGAGGAGAUCCGUUGAUGGACGUUUGAGCAUCAUUGCUGCGCCACGCGAAGUCGUUGUUCGAGGCACGGGGGCCUGGGUCUUUCAAUUGUUGCAUCGAAUUAGAAUGCAGUAAGGGCAUAUAGUAACGUGACAUUCGAUGGAGGCACCAUCAUGCAUCAAUCUUUGCUGCGUUCUAUCCA